UAUAGUCGAGACGAUGAAAACAUUUUUAAAAACAAAAGAAGAUAUUUUCUUCUUAAUUAUAAACAUAAGCACCAUUGGGUAUGCGUUGUUUGAGUUUUAUCGUUUCGGAAAUGGCAACAAUAAAUAUGGAAUAUCAUAUUACGCGAGAUAUGGACGGAGUUUUUUGAGUAGCAUAGAAUUCGAAACUGAAUAUACUGAAUUUUUCAAAUAUGUAUCGUCUGCAUUCUAUUGGUUGAUUUUUCAUUGUAUUUGUUGUGAAUUUGUGCGAUACAUUAACGCUGAGAGAGUUACUGUAGUACACGCAAUAUUUGGGAUUUCAUUCUUAUUUUCAACAUACAAAAUGCCUAUCAUAGCCACAUCGAUCACCGCCUUACUAUCAUUUUAUAUUGCAAUGCGAUCGGCAAAAAAGAGAAUUGUUUGGUUCACCUUAUUGGCAUGGCUAUGUUUUGCUGGAUUGGUAAAAUUUGAUAUGCGUUCAAGAAAAUUCAUUUCAAAAAAUGUCACACACCUUGAAAUAUUCAAUGGAAUAACAGCUGUUGGUUGGCAAAUAAUACGACUUACAAGUUACACACUUGACUAUUGUGAUGCGUUGUCAAAUGUGAACAAUUCUGUGAAAAAUGCCGAAUUUGGUCGUAAAUUUUCCUUGGUCAAUUUCAUCGCUUUCAGUUUUUACUUGCCGUUUUUCGCUCAAGGACCACCGACCAUUUACAUGAAUUACUUGAGUAUGAUCAACGAAAAUAAAUUGGGAAAAAAUUGCGACUUGCAAAAGCGCGUAAAAAAUUUACUCAUUGAAUUAAUGAGAUUGGCUGGUACAAGUUUUGUCGCAAUUGUUAUGAUGCACUAUUUGUAUGCUGAAGCAAUUUCCUAUGAUCCAUAUCUGGUAAAGGAACUGAAAGGUUGGCCACUUUAUGGAUUAGCUAUAAGCACUGGACUCUAUUUCUCGUUUGUUUAUAUGUUGAAAUAUCAAUUGGGCAGUGCGCUUGCCAGAUUCGAUCGUAUUGAUGCUCCACCGAAGCCAAAAUGUUGUUUGCGCAUACACAAAAACUCGUUGACGUGGCGACAUUUGGAUAAAGGCCUAUAUGAUUUUGUGCUCAAAUACAUUUAUAUUCCGACCCGCAAUUUAACAACAAACUGGAAUAAAUGUGGUCGAUUUUUGGUGUAUGGAUUUGUUACAUUUUGGCAUUGUCCGGGCAGUUCGAUUUGGGUACUGUUUUGGGUCUGGUCAAAUUGUGCUAUAUUAUGUAUUGAACUCUUGGGUCGAUACAUUUGCAAAUCAAAAGUUUAUGAACGCAUUUCCAGUGUAAUUGGUUCAAGUAACAUGAGUAGAAUUAAUAAGAUUUUUGGUAGUCAAUUGCUUAUUUUUCAAACAGCUUUCGCUCUACUAUUCCUAUCAGACCAUAAGAUAUUCUUACAUGUUAUGUAUGAAACUUAUGUGAACAACACAUUACUAUCUUAUUCGAUUCUCAGCCUGGCAAUUUAUAGUCUAUAUCACGUUAGCGAUCUAAUUUUCCAACAUGAAAAACAUCAACAUUCAAACGAAAUAAAAAAUAAAUGACGAAAAACGAAAUAAAAAAAUACAUUUUUUCGGUUAAUAUUCAACAUGUUCCAAACAUUUUAUUUGACAUCUUCUAAAUCGAUUUUACUGCGUAUAAAAUGUACGGACGGUUGAUUAAAUUGUUUACAAUCACAUUUUUGGCAAGCUA